CCUUAAUUGGACCCUAUUCCCUCUUUGCAUCGUCGGCGUCGGAAUCGCGUAAAUUCAGAUUUCGUUGUGGUUUCGCAGCAGUUUAACGGAACAGAAUGGGUCCUGUAGAGCUCCUCCACAUGUCGGUUUUCUCUCAGAGUUUCUCUCCCUGCGGUCGAUACCUGGCGGCCGGAAACAACUACGGAGAGAUCGCGCUGUUCAGCCUGUCUGCAGCUCUGAGUCCAGAUGCCACCGGACAGAGUCAGAAACCGGUUCUGACCUUCACCGCUCACGAAGGUCCGGUCUUCUCUCUCCUGUCCACGGACUGUCACCUCCUGAGUGCAGGAAACGGGGAGGUCAGCGCCUGGAGCUGGACCGAACUCAUCAAGAAGAACGUCAAACCUCUGUGGACAAAAAGACCCAACUACAAGUCCAGUCUGGAGAUCCCAGAGAUCAACUCCAUGGUCAUCAACCCCAGAGAUAACAGUCUCGUGGUCGGAGGAGGAGACAACAACAUCCACAUCCUGGACCUGGAACAUGGAGUCUUCAAGUCGGUCCUGCAGGGACACUCAGACUACGUCCACUGUGUGACAGUGAGAGAGAGGGAGGCAGAGAUCCUGUCGGGGGGGGAGGACGGAGCGGUGAGGAUCUGGGACAGCAGGAUGUAUCAGUCUGUCCACUGCAUUGAGGUCUACAAGUACGAGGUGUGUGCGCGGCCUCAGUACGGUAAAUGGAUCAGCUGUUUGACCACCGACUCCGACUGGAUGCUGUGUGGUGGAGGUCCGUCUCUGUCCCUGUGGCACCUCCGCUCUCUGUCUCCCACGUCCACCUUCCCUCUGACAGGCUGUCAGAGACAGGCCGCCUUCUACCAGGACAUGAUCCUGGCGGUGGGUGAAGGUCCGUUUGUGUCUCACUGUCUGCUGGGGGGAGAGGUCAAAGCUCAGAUCCCCUGUUCUCCACAGAGCCUCAACACACUGCAGCUCAACACCAACAGCACGGAGCACCGGGUGCUGACGGUCGGAGGCAGCAGCGAUCACAUCGACGUCUUCACCAACCUGGCGUACAGAGCGUUCUCCCUCAGCUUCUGAACACACAGUCUCUCUGGAGCUGUGAGGACACUCUGACAUUCCCCAGGCCCUGGACUCCAGGCCCUGGACUCCAGACCCUGGACUCCAGGCCCAGGACUCCAGACCCUGGACUCCAGGCCCAGGACUCCAGGCCCAGGUCUGAGCCCUCAUACAGACCUCAGGAGGCGUGAGGACCAGACGCCGUGUCCUCACUACGAUGGUUUCAAACCAAAAUGCAUCCACACGGCCACAGAGAGAGACACACACACACCUACCUACAGACACACACAGACACACACCUACACACACAGGUGAAGCUCUGAGAUCAGAAGCUCAGUUCACAGCUUUUAUAUAAUUUAGUCUGAAUAAAAUAUUUUUGUCUUUAUA